AAACACAUCUAGCUAACCAGGUCACCAGUGCCCAUUGUGAUGGACAACCUUCAGAGGCUGGAGUGCCACUUCACCUGGGAUCUGGGGAAAUUUCGAAAUGAGCUCCAGGGGAUGAGGAGGACCAUGCAAGAUGUGGACCAGGAAAGAUGCACUUGGCUGGUUCACUAUAACAACCUGCUGGGCUACAUCCAACAGACUCUCGGCUCCAACACAGAGGCGCUGAUGUACCUGCAGAAAGCAGAAAGUUUGAUGCAGGAGCAGGGAACAGAAGAAACUGGAGCCCGGCUGCAGGUCAACAAAGCUAACCUGGCUUGGGUCUACUUCCAUAUAGGAGACAUGGAUAAGAGCAAAGGAUACCUAGAAGAGGUGAAAAGGCUUCAGCAAAUGCAUCCUGCUCCACCUGGAUGUGCUUUACACCCUGAAGUCAGUGGAGAAAAGGGCUGGACACUGGUGAAGUUCAACAAGUCCAAGAAGUGUCAGGCGAUUGAUUAUUUUAAGAUGGCUUUAAAAGCAGAGCCAGAAAGGAAGGAAUGGCACAAAGGCCUUGCCGUAGCCAUGAGCAGAGCAUAUUUAAAGUCUGAAUUCACUCCGGAGCUGGAUUCUGAAAUACUACAGCAGGUGAAAACCGCAGCAGAGAUGGACCCAAAUGAUUUGUUCCUUCAAUCCCUCUAUAUACUAAAAAAGUCUGAAGUGAAGACAGAAAAAAAUGAUGAGGAGAUGCAAAGUUUAGUAGAGAGAUCAAUUAAUACAGGAAAAUUGGAGGGUUUAGGUUAUAUUCUUGAAUGUUUUAGGAGCAUUUCCAUUGAGAGAGCGAUUCAAGAGGGACAAAAGGUUCGGGAAAAGUUCCCCACUUCCACUAAAGUUCUGAGAAUCCUGUCAAAUUUAUACAGAGGGAAAGUGUUCGGUAUGAAGAAAGACAGCCAGGAAAGGCAGAAGUUGAUUGAAACAUGCAUUGAGCUGUUUGAGAAGGUUGUCAAAGAAUAUCCAGACUGUGUCAGAGGACGGUUAACUUAUGCAACACUUUACCAUUAUGCAAACAACCCUGUGAGAGCGAAUAAGAUUUACCAGCAGCUCCUGUCUGAGAAAGAUGAUCUCCCUCCUCAUACACAACAGUUACUGUACUAUAGUUAUGCGUGCCAUCUACAUCACACUCAACAGUCCAGAGACAAAUCAAUCGACUUUCUCAUGAAAGCAACAGAAAUCCAAAACAAAUCCGAAGAUAAACAGAAAAGCAUAAUGAUUCUUGAACAAACUGUGAAGAAUGACAGAAACACUCGCUGUAAAGAGAUUUCACAAUUUCUAAAGAGAGUUCUUAAAGAUGAGUAAAUAUGCUACAUGAAUGAACAAGUGUGAAGGUGCAGUCACAUUCAUGGUAAUUUUCAUAGGUAACAUGAACUAAAAUCUAACAGCUGAAUAUUCAUUGUAAAAUAACAUUAACAAAGAUUAAUAAACACUCUAAGAUGUAUUGCUCAUUGUUACCAAAGUAUUUCCAAUUUUUUAAUAAUGUCACCAUCACCUGCUGGAGUGCCGUGGUUGUCUGCUUCAUUCCUCAUGAUCCUUUUUUGUUUGUGUCUGACCUUUGCCUGCGUUUUUGACUUUGUUUGUGGA